AUGUUUGGUCUCAAUACCAAGCUGACCAACACGGUCAUCACAGCCUUAACACUGAGCAUCACUGUAGCGUCAGCGGAAUGCACUCGCGAAGGACUCCUUGCGGCGGCGGAAAGUUACGUUGCUGCGCAGACUAGUGGGAGUAUUGACAGCCUGAAGCUAUCCGCCACCAACUUCACAUACCAGCUCAACAAUAAAGUAACGGACAUCAAGACCGGCGUGCUAAGCCAGCCCUUGAAGAUAGACCUCAACCGAUCCACGGCCGAUACGAUAGCAUGUGCAAGUUACACGAUGUUGAUCUCGGCGACAGGCUCUAAGCCCUACGUGAUCUCGACACAGAUUCGACACCGAGAUAAUGACACGAGCUCCAUUGCCUUGAUCGAUACGAUCGCAGCGACGACCGGCGCGCUCUUCUUCGACGCACAGAAAACACUAGGAUACAUCCAAAAGGAGAACUGGGACACGCUGGACGAAGGGCAGAGGGCAAGUCGAGACGAGCUCAAGCGCGUUGGUGAUGCUUACCUUGACAUGUGGACGGAUGCUAAGGCGGCUGAUUCGAUACCAUGGGGUACAGACUGUGAGCGCGUCGAAGGAUCUGCACUCACACGACCGUGCGGUGCGACAUUACCACAUGGCGGAAGCCAGAAGCCGAACGGGAAUCGCCGAUACGUCAUCGAUGAAACGGUGGGGUCAGUGGAUGUGCUGUGUUCUUUCGACUCACUCGGGGACAUGCCUGAUUCACAUGAAGUGCGGCUCGAGGGGGGGAAGGUGAAAUAUGUUCAUACGGUCACCGUCUUACGGUAGUUGGGAAAUGCACGACUUGACCGAGAGCCUUGUAUAAAGUGUCCAUCAAAAGAUGGAGGUCUCUUAGGUUCAGAAAUGAACCGGAGAAACGGAAACUUGCCACUUAUUCAGGUCUCCAGCUAUAUUUACGCCUUCCGAAUAGAGUCAGAAAAUGCGAACCAUGUGCUAAUCCCACUGUAAAGCACUGUAAAAACGCUAUCCCCUGUGCUACACAGACGACCCUACAAAACGUUGGAGUUACCUAUAUAGGCAAACAGGGGA